CACGUGAUCAGGAGUCGACGUGUGCAGAAGUCCUUAUAGUCCAGGGCCUGUUUCCCUGUAGCUGCUACGUAUUGCUGGAGAAGGAGAAAAGUGCCCCGGAUCCUUUCAGGACUCUUGGUCUUUGGACGCGACACAGAUCGAGUGAGGGAAGAGGCAGGAAAAUCCCCUGGAUCCCUGCAGAAUUAAUUUAUUCAAAAGAAAUAACAGAAAAAUACUCAACAUGCAAAAGUCUUGUGAAGAAAAUGAAGGAAAACCACAGAACAUGCCAAAGGCAGAGGCAGGCCGCCCUUCAGAAGCUGUACCACAGGAGGCAGAAGGAAAUCCUCAACCUUCCGAAGAAGGUGUAAACCAGGAAGCAGAAGGAAAUCUUAGAGGAGGGCCGACCCAACCUGGCCAGGGGUUUAAAGAGGACACUCCUGUGAGGCAUUUGGACCCUGAAGAAAUGAUAAGAGGAGUAGAUGAGUUGGAAAGGCUUAGGGAAGAGAUAAGAAGAGUAAGAAACAAGUUUGUGAUGAUGCAUUGGAAGCAAAGACAUUCACGCAGCCGCCCUUAUCCUGUGUGCUUUAGGCCUUGAAUUUUUUUGUCUGAUAUUAAAUCUGGCCCCUGCUUUCUUUCUGUUAGCGUUUUCUGAUGUAUCUUUGACUUUCGUUUUAUUUUAAUCAUCUGGUGGAAUUUUUUUUAGGUAGUUCCCUUGUUACCAGCAUCUCACUGGAUUUUGUAUUUUGACCCAUUCUCCAGGUCUGUUUUUCAAUUGGAAAGUUUCACACAUAUGCAUGAAAAUAUAUUCAUACUAUAUUGUAAAGUAAAACAUAACCGGUUAAAAAGCAGUAUAUUUAGUAUCAGCUCACAUAUGUAGGAUUAAAUCCCAAAUUGUGUGUGUGCGUGCGUGUGUAUACAUACAUACAUAUAUCAAAAACUGAUUAUUUCUGUGUAGUGUGAGCUUUUUUCUUUUUGCUUAUAUGUAUU